CGGGGCAAGGCCCCAGGCGCCCAACGGGCGGCGGAGCGAGAGACACUGCUCAAUUGGAAGGAAACGGCCUUCUGAGGCGGGGAAACAAACUGGCGAGUAUUGGACACUUAAUGAAUGAAUGUGAGUUGAGCAAGGAGUAAAGUUGGGAAUUGAGAAUGGAGUAGAAAUGGUCUGGUGAGAAGGAUGCUGGAGAAAUCGCUUUCCUGGGAAUCAUUCUAUGAAUAUUUAAUCAAGGCCACUAUGUCCUGAAAAGAACAUCAAUAUUCUAUUUUAGUAGUCCAGCUUGAAGAAGACCGGUGUUCAGAAAAAGCGCCUAGAGAUCUGAUUUUAUUCAUUUCCUUUGGUGUCCGAAGAUAUUUGAACCUUCCAUAGGCAGAAGAUGUUAAAAACUUUAAGAAACAGUCAUAGCAAUGGAUCUCUGUCAGAAAAGUGAGACUGAUUUAGAAAAUAAUGAAAAUCAAAACACAGAAGAAACUGAACCAACCUCUACUUGUUCAGAUGAAAGAAGCGAAAGGAAUCAUGUUUGUUGUCUUCUGAAUAUCAGUGACAUUACGCUUGAACAAGACAAGAAAGCCAAUGAGUGUGUUAUUGGAACUGGAUGGGAAGAAGCAGUCCAAGGCUGGGGCAGUACUUCUCCAACAGCCUGCAUCUGGCCAAGGAAGAAAGUGAAAAAGGUGAGGGUGGGAGAAAGUGCCGGCAGCUGCUUACUCUGUGUCAGUAUCUCCCAGGGGAGCCCUGAGGCCAGGCCGCAGACCGAGCCUGGGAAAUUAGAGGCCAGGGCCCUGGCUGAGGCAGGACCAGGAAAGGAUCAGAGCAGCCCCUCCCAGAGCCAGGGGCACCCCCACGGCCCUAACACAGCUUCCAGGGACAUCAGCAAAACCUGCUUUCCUCACUACAGUCAGGGCGAGAAAAAAAGUCUGCAAUUAAAGGAGUUUGUUUGGUGUACAGAUGACUGGACCGCCUCCGAGACUGUUAAGAGCAAGGACCCCAAAAGCCACGAGCGUCCUGGCGGAAAUAUAGACAAGGGCUUCUCCAUUUCCGAUUCCUUGGCUUCCAAAGCCCUCUUAGUUCUGCCCCCGCUGAAGGCUUCAUCUCCAGAUGGGUUGGAUGCUCUGGGUAAGAAGAGUAAGAAUGUUUUCUUGCAGCAGGAAGAGAAGGGGCUGAGUGUGGAAAAGGUUGAGGGUGUGGCUUAUACAUGUGAACUGAAAACAGUGGACGGGCAAGGUGAAAGGAGACCUGUUGAGCUGGCCAAGCACCUUAAGGUCAAAGACUCUCCACCCUUCCCUCCCCAGGCGGCCCGGCCCACCCUGCUGGCCAACCCCCAGCCAUGCUGCCUGCACUGGUCCCUGCUGCCUGAGCGAAGCCUGCUGUGCCCGCCCACGCCCAGCAACAUGCGAUAUCUCGCCACCUUGCGGCUCCUGCAGAAACAGGGAAUGCAAAACUACAAAGCCAAAUUCAAACCCAAGGAGCCUCGACCUUCCAUGAACACCCAAAAGCACAUUCUCACAGAGGCCAAGCAGGAAAAUAGGCCCCAAACGCUGGAGACCAAAGUGUUCCCAAGACCUCUGUUGCCAUCCCUCACAGUGAGCAGAGUUGUUAUUCCCGGUCUCCACUCAUAGACUUCUCUGAGUUAUCACAAUAUAAUUCCCUGGAAACGAGCACAGUUUGAAAUUCAUCUUUUCUCUCUCUCUCCUCUCUUUCCUGCCCCAU